CAUCGCGCCUGGGCCUCGUUCCCGUCACGUGAUGCGCCCCCCCUCCUCGCGUGGAAGGGCGGGCGAAAUAAAGCUUCUGGAAAGUCCCGGCGGCCUCGGAGUCCGAUUUCGCCUCGCCCGCGUCCCGAUCUGCGGAGGGGUUGGGGGAGGGGGAGAACGAAGAGAAGGUCGCCAGGAGUCACGUGAUCUCAACGCUGCAAGAUGGCGGCAUGCGGACGUUGUUGCAGGCUCUCGCGAGAGUUUGUCGCGCGCGAGGCAUGAUGGAGAGAAAGAAAAAAGAAAUGCUGGUAAUCCAAUAGAAGGUGCUACAAAACCAGAAGACCAGAAAGAUAAAGAAAGUGGGUGUGAUUCUUCAGCAUCUGUUCCUAAUCAAAAUCAAGAAGCUGCAGAAACUCGAAAGAAUAUGCCUCUACCUUCUAAUAGUACUGAUGCAGCAAAAGCAAAGCAAGCUCAGAAGAAGGUGGUUAAAGCAAAAGGACCAAGGAGAAACAAGCUUGUAGCAAGAUUUUCUGCAUCGAGACUUGGAUCAUGUGAAAUAUGCUCUAAAGAACAAUAUUUAGCACAAGGAAAAACCUCCCAGAAUCGAAAAGUGACAGAUUAUUAUCCUGUUAGAAGAAGUUCCAGGAAGAGUAAAACUGAACUACAGACUGAGGAAAAGAAGAGAAUAGAUGAACUAAUUACAAAUGGGAAAGAAGAAGGAAUGAAGAUAGAUUUCAUUGAUGGUAAAGGGCGAGGAGUAAUCGCUACCAAACAUUUUAAUCGUGGAGAAUUUGUAGUAGAAUAUCAUGGGGAUCUCAUAGAGAUCACUGAUGCUAAAAAGCGAGAGGCUGUCUAUGCACAGGAUCCAUCCACAGGCUGCUACAUGUACUAUUUUCAGUACCUCAGCAAAACGUACUGUGUUGAUGCUACAAAAGAGACUAAUCGUCUGGGAAGGCUGAUCAAUCACAGCAAAUGUGGCAACUGUCAAACAAAACUUCAUGACAUUGAUGGUGUACCUCAUCUCAUACUGAUAGCUUCACGGGACAUUAAAGUGGGUGAAGAAUUGUUGUAUGAUUAUGGAGACAGGAGCAAGGCUUCCAUUGAAGCUCAUCCAUGGCUGAAACACUAAUUCAUCCUUCUUUGGCUUGACCGCUCUUGAAGGGAGUGGAUGGAUUUUUUUUCAGCUCUCCUAGUGGAUUGCUUCUGAUGUCUUAACUUCUUUAAAAACCAUUUUUGCUCUAUAGCAUUAAAUGUUACAAGUUUCCAGGCAAGCUUGAACACGUGACCCAAGAUGACAAAACUUGCGUUGUAAAGAAACCUGAACACUUCUUUGCAUCUAGAGUGACCUGUGCUGCAUGAGCAUGUAGUCCGACUUCUGCAGUUUAAAGGAAACUUUAAUCGCUUGGGUUGUGCUUCUGCUUUUGGCUCUGAAGUUUCAUGCCCCCCCCCCCCCCCUUUUCUUUUUUUUUUUUUU